UGCCAAAACACGGAAGUAAACGGCUACACAAGACAAGUACAAGUACAAACUCCAAGUGACACACACGUGUUUUAUGCGAAGUUUGUUUACCUUAAAAACGCAUUUCUUGUUUGCCCCUUGAAUAGCUCCGAUCGGUGGGAACGUUUUAACAUCUCCUUGUUGUCGAUAAGUGCGCUGUACCACGAAGAAACAAGCGAGAAAAAUAAUCGUGACAAAAUGAUGUGAACGACCUAAAAGACUUUACCACACAUCAAGAGAUUAGUGAGUAUGAAGUCCUUCAGAUCUCCAGGGCGUCAUGGAUAUGCGGUGGAUGUUUCACCUUUUCUGCCUUCUACAGUCGCGUGCGCUUCAUCUCAGUAUUAUGGAAUAGCAGGAUGUGGGACACUUCUUGUGCUGGAGCAGAGUGAGGAAAAUAUUUCAGUUGUGAGGAGCUUUGACUGGAAUGAUGGGCUCUUCGAUGUGACGUGGAGUGAGAACAAUGAACAUGUUUUGGUAACGGGAGGAGGUGAUGGAUCUUUGCAGAUCUGGGACACGGCCAAUCCUCAAGGUCUUCUGCAGGUGCUGAAAGGUCACACACAAGAGGUGUAUGCGGUAGAUUGGAGUCAGACGCGGGGGGAGAAUCUAGUGGUGUCAGGAUCAUGGGACCAUACAGCCAAAGUGUGGGAUCCUGAACAAUGUCAGGUAGUUGUGUCCCUCCAGGGUCAUGAAGGCGUCAUCUACAGCACCGUCUGGUCUCCUCAUAUGCCAGCAUGCUUUGCUUCAGCCUCAGGGGAUGGGACCCUGCGAGUUUGGGAUGUGAAGGCAGGAGGGUGCAGGCUGGCCAUUCCUGCGCACAAGGCCGAAAUACUGAGCUGUGAUUGGUGCAAAUAUGACCAGAAUGUUCUAGUCACCGGAGCCGUAGACUGCAGUCUUCGUGUAUGGGACCUGCGAAACGUCCGGCAUCCUUUGGCUGAGAUGAUAAGCCAUUCUUACGCCAUCCGCAGAGUAAAGUUCUUCCCAUUUUACCAGACCGUUUUGGCAUCCUGCUCAUAUGAUUUCACAGUCAGGAUGGAGUGUGCCACACUGUGUAGUUUUACUGGAUCAAUUACCAUGCUGUCUCUUUCCUGCGGGUGUUCCCUUCCUUCACAAAGAUGAUUAUAAAGAUCUGACAUCUGCUUACAGUCCUACACUGAGCUCUUGAAGAAGUACAAGAAUAUUGUAAUUUUCUUUCUGAAAUGAUACAUCAUCCAUCAAAAAAACUCUCAUACUGUGGGACUUCUCAUUUCUAAAGACCUUCUCUAUAAUCUUUUGGCUGUCCUAUCGAAAUUUACUCAACCAUAUUAUAUGCCGAGGAUGUUUCCAAGUGACAUUUUAGAUGACAGUAUUCAUAUUUCUAAAUUGUAGUGUUUUUCUCUCGAUGAAUGGUCAAGUCUGCAGUGCUGGCGAGAUGACAAUAAACGCUGCUCUUUGCUAUUAAAUACGGUUGUAAAACCCAUUGAUCUCAUUUUAGGGUAGAGCAGUUUAUAACCGUUGCGGAGGGUAUUUCAUUCAUUUAGCGCGUGGUUGUGUUUUUAUCGAGCGUGGAGCUCAUUUUUGCAUAUAUGAGAGUCAGAUAAUCAGAAGUCACUGUAGCAAGGCAAACGUCACUGCUUUUCAGCAACAGAGAUCUCGUCUUUGAUACUAAACCAUUCUUGAUGGCUUUAUUCUUUUGGAACUGCCUGGCCUAGUUGAUAAAACUGGUUGAAAAAAACAUUGAUUUUCUUCUUAGAUUUAAUGCAAAUUCGCUCUCUUAAUCUCAGAAACCGUUAAUAGGAAUUAAAUCUGACACGGCACUGCAGAUUUAGAACGCUUGUAGA